AUGAUUACAUCUAUACAUCAAACAUUUUAUGUUAUAAUUAUAACACUAUUAGUAGGGCAAGGCGAUGGUCAGUGGAAAAAACCUUCGAGGGAAAUGGUUGAACAAGAUCUUAAAUUGUAUAAAAAAAUAUCAGAAAAUAUUAAGCGAGAAUUCGAAGCUUUUUAUGGGGAGUAUCCUGAAGGACCUAUAGACGAUUACUUUCUCGAAGAGAUUGAUUAUGUACAAAGUAAAAUACAUAAAGUGCGUUCAAGUAUGAAAGCAAAAGAGAAUAAAGAAUUAUAUUUUCCCCGUAUAAAUAUUCCUACGGAGGACAACAAUGAUAUAACCCUUCAAAAACUGAUUCCUAAUAACUCGGAAUUUGCGACACAAAAAUUUACUAAGGAAUCUAAUAUAACAAAUUCUAAGUGGCCUAAAUUUGAAGAUAUUUUAUUAGAUAUAGGAAAACGAUAUGAUUGGAAAAAUGAUAGAUGGAUAAAAGUCAAAGAUAAACAUAAUAUAAAAGGAAAACUAAAGCUUCGCAAUAUUAGUAAAAAUAUGGAUCAUCAAAAACAUAACUUUAAAUAUAGAAUAGUUAAAUUGAACAGAGCAAAAAGCAAAAGAAAUAUCGUCAUAGCCGUCACCGCUGUUAGA